AUGGGAAGGGUAGCUUCCUCCUAGCUCCCACAGCAGGCCUGCUGACAGCUUUGACUGGGGCCGGGACAAAGUCAUCUGAAAGCCCCUCCCCCGGCCCAACUCAACUUACGAUGUUAUGAGGGCCGAAUUCUGGGCCACCCCUCUGCCUGGGCCCGGGACAACAGAUGGCUUUGCUAACCCCCCUGUCGCCUUCCCAUGGUCUGCAGUUCCACUUCCAAGCCCUGCACGAUCGACACUGCCCCAAACCAAAACAAGCUCGGAGCACAAAAACAUCAUGAUCACCACAGCACUGGGUGCCUUGUGGCAUCAUCUGGUCGCAUGGGUGGAUCUGCAGGGGACACUUGUGUUCCUGAGUGUUCUGAUCAUGGCCAAGUACCUGAAGGACUUCCCCCACAGAGACCUACCACCUGGACCCGUCCCACUGCCCCUCGUAGGGAGUCUGUUUAGCAUCGGAUUCAAGGACCCCAUUGGAGGUUUUAGAAAACUUGUGGAGACGUAUGGAGAUGUGUCCUUCAUUGACCUUGGCUUUGCACCGUGCAUCCUCCUCUCUGGAUACAAAUCCUUCAAGGAGGCAUUUGUGGAGCAGGCGGAACAUUUUACAGAUCGCCCAGACUACCCUCUCGCUCAGAAAUUCUGCAAAGGCCUGGGCAUAAUUGCAUCCAGUGGCAACAUAUGGAAACACCAGAGGCGCUUUGCCCUGGCUACCCUGAAGUACUUUGGCGUUGGGAAGAAGACAUUGGAACGCUCCAUUCAGCAGGAGAGCCAGUACCUCAUUGAAACACUUCAACUUGAGAGAGGUUUGCCUUUCAACCCCAAGCAUCUCAUGACCAAUUCUGUGGCCAACAUCAUCUGCAUGCUGGUGUUUGGCCAUCGCUUCGAGUACAGCGACCAUGACUUCCAGCACCUGUUAAAAUGCUCUGAUGAAGUCUUUCAGCUGCCCAUGACUACCUCCGGCCGGCUGUAUAAUCAGUGGCCUACGCUGAUGCAGUAUUUGCCGGGAGGGCACCAGUCAGCGUUUGCCAACCUAACCCGAGUGAAGCAGUUCAUACAGCAAGAGGUGGACCGGCACAGAGAGGACCGCAACCCAGACAGCCCACGGGACUAUAUUGACUGCUACCUGGAUGAAAUUGAGAAGUGUACAGACCCGUCAGCAGGCUUUACUGAGGAGAAUCUAAUGUACUGUGUGGUGGAUCUGUUUGGAGCCGGCACAGAGACCACGGCCAACAGCAUGAGAUGGGCACUCCUGUUCAUGGCCAACCACCCAGAUGUUCAAGAAAAGGUGCACUCGGAGAUUGAUCGGGUGAUUGGUCCGUCGCGCCAACCCUCCAUGGACGACCGAGCCGCCCUGCCCUACACCUAUGCAGUGGUGCAUGAGAUCCAGAGGUGCGGCAACAUCGUCCCCUUCACGCCACCCCGGGUAGCCAGCAGGGACACCACGGUGGCCGGACGCCAGAUCCCAAAGGGAUUGGUGAUCUUACCCAUGUUGAAGCCAAUUCUCUAUGACGUCAGUGAAUACAGCCGGCCAGAGGAGUUCAACCCAAGCCAUUUCCUGGACGAAGAUGGGAAAUUCAUUAAAAGAGAUAACUUUAUACCCUUUGGAAUAGGAAAGAGGGCAUGUCCGGGUGAGCAGCUGGCUCGGAUGGAGCUCUUCCUGUUCUUCACCUCUCUCAUGCAGAGGUUUUCCUUUCAGGCCCCGGAGGGGGAGACGCUCGUAGCGGAGGGGGUAGUGGGCAUCACGUCGGGGCCGAAACCCUUCAAGAUAUGUGCCACACCCAGAUGAUGUGCUGGUGGCACGUCGAGCUCAUUCAAGACACACUUUGAACUUAAUAUUCUCAAGCUAAUUCAUCGCUUUAGCAAACCAACGGAUGCUUAAAUGAGUCAACCCAGAUGAUGGUUGGUGGCACAUCGGGAUCAUUCACAACACACUUUGAAUUUUACCAAACCAACUGGCGCUUAAAUGAAUCAUUACUUAGAGCAGUGUUUCCCAACCAGGGGUACGUGUACCACUAGGGGUACGCAAGCACACCUCAGGGGGUACUUGGAAAAAUGUAAUAAUAGCAAAUUUAUUGAGUGUAGUCACAUUGGGAUAGAGGAACAGAGCAUGUGUGAGGGUGAGGGGGUACUCAUCAUAUGACAAAAUGGCUUAGGGGGUACGCAGGACAAAAAAGGUUGGGAAACACUGACUAAGAGGAUGAAGACUCUCUCGACCGUUCCCUCUUCCCAAAGUUUGGCAGAGGCCCACUUGCAAGGCCUUGUGUGGUGACCCUGUAACAGCUGUUUGGAUGUUCAGUAAAACACUGGCUGGAGACAAAGUCCUUCGUGAGAAACGGUUGAGAAAUAUUCAGAUUUUCUCAUUGGGGCUUUGAGAAGUCAGACAAGGAGUCAAGGAGCUGUUACUGACAUAAAUUGUGCUUUAUGGGGGGGGGUGGGGGGUUGCUGCUGCAAUGAUAUGGAUUUUGAUACUGAUGUCUUUCUUUGCGUAGCAAAUACUGGAUAACGAUAAAUGAUAAAGUUAACCUAGAGAGAGAGAGAGAGAGAGAGAGAGAGAGAGAGAGAGAGAGAGAGAGAGAGAGAGAGAGAGAGAAAGAGAGAGAGAGAAAGGGAGAGAUAUGCAUAAUGGCUGGAUACUGAGGUGUGCAAUUGUAUGCUAGAAAUAUAUUCAAGUGUGUGCUAUAUGUCAAUAUGUCCAUAUUUAUGUAUGCUGCUGGACACCUUUAAUUUCCUUCGGGAUAAAUAAAAGUUACUCUACACUAUGCUACUCU